AUGGCGGGACCGGGGGUUGAAUGGGUAAGCAAUCUCCCCCUAGAAAGCAAAAUGCUUCUUGGACGAUCAAGGACCCGCGAUUUCUCUGUGAUAUUUUGUUGUCCUUGCGACUAAUACUCACAUCCACGCAACCACAGUCACCUCCCCACACCACCCUCUACUCCACACCAGCCCCCAAAUCACAUUCACAUUCACAUUCCGUCCUAGCCCCAAUACCAGUCCAACAAGCCCCAGCCAUCGAAGAAAGUCUCCCAGGAACCAUCCCCUACACCCUCCAAAACGGGCACUUACUCGUAAGUCCCCCCCUUCCCCCCCAUCACCCUCAAUACCAUCCCACUAACCAAACCCAGUGGUUCAACNCUACACCCUCCAAAACGGGCACUUACUCGUAAGUCCCCCCCUUCCCCCCCAUCACCCUCAAUACCAUCCCACUAACCAAACCCAGUGGUUCAACGGGACAAGACGAAGGAUCGAACUCCCGUCGCCGGUCAAAUCUCAGUCGACAAGCGAGGAGUCGUGGAUGGAACAGCCGCACUGGCAGCCGCUGGAAAGGGUCGAGCGUGUUCGCCGUGAUAGCUGGAAGGGAGAGGGUCUUCCUUCUUAUGAGAUUUUUUGUGAGGGGAUGAGGGCGCUGGCUGAGGCUGAUGCGAGGGCGAGGGCGAGGGCUCAAGAUCAGGGUCAGGCUGAGGAUGAGGGUGAGCGUGAGGCUAAGGCUAAGGCUAAGGCUAAGGCUAAGGCUAAGGCUAAGGCUAAGGCUCCAGAGAGACGUCGAGUCUUGACUGUUGCUGAACUCGCCGAAUAG